GCGCACGUAUCAAAUGCAUUCAUUCCCUUUUAAAAACAUCGCGAAAUACGAAACAUACGCAUCCAUUUCCUUUCGAAAACAUCGCAGUGAAAUACGAGGUGCUGUAGCCGGCUCACUCUAGUGGAAUUUUUGAUACGACGCCACAAUUCGGAAGAUAGUGCUUACUCGAAAAUAUUUGCACGGGAGGAUGAAACUGCCGCGGCUGGAUCUAUCGAUGCAGAAGAAGACGUGCCGCCCAGCCAUGCUGGGUCGCAUUUGGCUGGCCACGCGGAGGCACCUGACUCUGGAACACUCGCCCUCGCACCAGUUCGCCUGCUGCCAGUGGCAGGCUGGCCAGAGACCUUCCACCGCAUACCUCGUAUAUAGAUGGAUACUCUUCAUCGCGAUCCUCUCAGUCGGUGUUGCGAGUUUCGCAUGCCAGCGACUGCCCCCGCGGUACGAGGGCCCGCCAGUAAAGCUCAACUAUUUCAAAUGGUUCAUUUACUUCACCAAUUGGGGCUUCAUGAUGAUCGCGCUUCAAGCCGGCCUGGCGCUGGCCGUCGUGGUGCGAUACAGGAAUAAGAAAAACUGCAACUUCAUAUGUGAAGACGAGGAUGCGCUAACGCCCCGCCGCCCGCGCACGCCCCUUCUAUGCCGUGCGUACUGGCUGGCGCAGAACAUAGCCACCGACCUGGCGUUUGUCAUCACUCUCAUCUACUGGGCACUGGUCUAUGAUCCCAAGCUCCACGACAUCGACGCUGUCAAUCUUCUCGUCCAUGGCGGAAACUCGCUGCUCAUGAUCUUCGAAAUGGCCAUCACGGCGCAUCCUAUACGUUUGGCGCAUGCGCUGUACGGCGCCGGCGCAGGCCUCGCGUACGGCGUGUUCAGCGCUAUCUAUUGGGCGCUUGGUGGCACCGACCGGCUGGACAUGCCUACCAUCUACCCUUCACUAGACUGGAAUCAACCGGGCAAAGCGUUCGGGUUUGUUGCAUUGUGCGCGGUCGUGAUGGUAGUCGCACAUGCAUUUGCGACUUGUCUUGUCGCACUGCGACUGCGACUAGCCGCACGACUGCGCCCUACACGAUGUACCGGGGAACGCCUCACCCUACCCACUCACUGAGGGCACAGGAAACAAGUCUGAAAGAGGAAUGUUACGGGACUACGUUACCGUAACUGAAACUUUCGGAUAUAUGAAAUAAAUAAAUAAUCCGAAGUAAAAAUACAUACAUAUGUAUGCGAAGUAAUACGACCAGGGACGAACCUUGAAACUCCGCAAUAGGACAUCGGAUAAUCAGAAAAAUAUAUUUGAAUAAUAAUUUUUAAUUAAUACUGUUAUUCCAAUAUUUGUUUAUAAUUCUUGUAACAUCCUUGGUCUGAAGACAUACACGCUCAACAUUAUUAACUAUAUUCAAAUUAAUGCAUAUAUGAGUGGCUGUAAUAAUAGCAUAAUAUGGUCAUAGCAUGUAGCGUGCCAAUUUUUAUAUUUAAUGCUACGCUAAGAAAAGAACAAUCAAAUGCCUAGACAUCCAAAGAAAUGAUAUCUACCCUUAGCAAUAUGCAAUAGCUUUUAUAUUAACUUCUAAAAUUAGAUAGUUAAAAUGAAUUGAAUGAACUGUGUCGAAAACAUUCCCGUAUAAUAUUUUAAAAAUGGUCAAAGAUGGGUCGAAUCCGUAUAAAUAUGUAUAAUUAUGUAAUAUCAAUGUAUUUUAAAUACCAGAUUUGUAUUUAUUCGUGUUACCAGUUGUAUAGUAGCAUAGGAUAGGUUCAUGACUCCAACGUCGUAGGAUCAUGAAUACCUUGUCGUAUUUGUGCGAACACACAGUUUGGAUGAGUAUUGUUUUUACAUUGUGAUUUUGUGUUGGUGAUAGGUACAAGGUAUACUAGAAGAUGUGAUACGUCACUUGGUUUAGUUGCCUUAGUUUUAGAAAACCAAAUAAGUAGUUGUAAGAUCUAAAAUGGCUUGAGUCUAUGUAAAGAAAAUGUCCAAAAGAAAAUUUUGAUGUAUUAUAAAAACAUAUGUAUCUAUUUAUAAUAUGUAAUUUUGGAAUUAUAAUUCGCUAUUUUUUAAUUGAAAAUAAAAUUUCUUCAAUUUCAAUCAAAAUUACUUCGAGAAUAUUUUAAUUGUUUUAACGCAAAUCUUAAGAACGUAUAAACUUAAGCUAGACAUUAGGUUUUGCAUAUAUCUUAUACUGCCAAUGCCAUAAACUUGAGCAUUUAUUAUAAGGAUAAAAUAAACGAGAUCUGUUAUUUUGUGAAAGUAGGUAUCCUUUUAUUUCUAAGAGGGCCCCAUACCUAUCCCACAAUAGGUAGCAUAUUAAUAAUUCUCAUAAUUAGUCAUCAAUACAAGAUUCUAUACGAACACGAAUUUUGAUUUGAAUCAAAGAUGUAUAAUCCCCGUGCGCGUUUUUAUAUGUAUUUCCAGUUAGUAGAAAAUACUUUUUGCUUCACUUGAACUAUGACACAUUAGUAACUUCCUACUUACUGUAAGUACCUAUGCUUUUUACUUAGGUACCUAUUAUAAUUUUGCACUUUACAUGUGAAAUAAACAUCGUUAAAAUAUAAAUCCAUACUAAUAUUAUCAAUGUGAAAGUAAGUUUCUGUGAUUGUCUUACAAAUCAAAACCACAACCGAUAUCUCCCUGAAUGCAGAAGGAAGCGCGCGAAGCCACGGGUGAAAGAUAUCUAGUAUAAAUAAUUAGUUUCGAAUAUUUGUCAUUCCCUUCAUGUACGAUUUUCUUGAUUUAUUUAAUUUAAGGUCGCAUUUUUUAACGUAAGGUGGGAAUUCAGCUAAACUAACGAAUGCGAUUAAAGUCAAUUUAUUAUAUAUAUAAUAAAGCAAUAAUUGUGCACUACAUUGAUGUUUAAUGUUGAUGAACUUGGCUUACACUUUGGCUAUAUUGCAACAAGUUAAGCGGGCACAAAAACCGGACUUCAAUACUUUAUCAAAAUAAUUUGAACAAAAUCAGAUCAGCUGCGAUGCAGAGAUUUAUGAUUUAACAUUACAGAAAAGCUUAAAUUUUGAUUACAUUAUUAGUUAUAUACUAAGUACAAGUUUUUAAAAACUAAAUUCAAAUCGUUCAGUUCAUUGUACUUAUAACUUUGGUAAAAAUUGUCAAGUACCUAGUUUCUUCUCUCACCUAUAAAAAAUAUCUCUAUAAAUAUAUUUUAAAUGCAUUUUCGAAUGAAAAUGCUGUUUCCUCUUGGCCAAUAAUAAAAUAAAAAUAUAGACGGCACGGGUAAUUCUUUCACAAUCACCGAAUAAAAUAGAGUAAAAACAAUCAUGCUAGUGUACCAUAUGUUUAAUUUCGUAUUUUUGUUCGUCGUCAAGUGAUUUUUAAACUUAAAAUUAGCAACCCUAUGGGAUACAUUCUCGUAGAAUGUUAAUUCAUUACGGUAAUAAUCAGUUGCCUCAUUUCAUUACCGUAUUGUAUAUUUAUUUUCUAAAGUGUAACUUACACACAAGUUACGUUAUAAUUAUAUUAUUGAAAUUUAUUCCUUUAACUUGAAAGCAAAUGUAGGUGAUAAUUUUAUAUCGUUCCUAACAUUAAUAUUUAAUUACUUGCUGUGAUUAUUACUUGCUAUUAUACUUUAAAACAAACGUAUAGCAAUAAAUAUGUGAAUUUUUGGCUGUAUUUAGAUAUAAUAAUUUGGCAAUUGACUGACUCAAAAAAAUAACUCAAAGUAUUAUUUUAAUAAUAGUACACACCCGUAGU